GGGACCCCGAGGCCCCGCCCCCGCGCGCGCCCGCCCUGGCGCGGACUCAGGCGCGCGGCCGCGCCCCGCCGAGCCGAGCCCGGAGCGCGGAGCGCGGGCGGCGGCGCCGAGCCCAGGUGCUGAUGGGCAAGCCCCGGAGUGUGGGAUGAGGCGGGUGCGUGCACCAUGUCAUCAUGUGUCUCUAGCCAGCCCAGCCACGAGCGAGCCGCCCCCCAGGAUGAGCUGGGAGGCGGGGGUGGCAGCCGCGACAGCCAGCGGCCCUGCGAGGCCCUGCGGGGCCUCUCGUCCCUGAGCCUCCACCUGGGCAUGGAGUCCUUCAUUGUGGUCACUGAGUGCGAGCCGGCCUGCGCGGGGGACCUCGGCCUGGCCCCUGACCGGCCCCGGGGGGCUGAUGGCUCCGAGCUGCCUCCGGAUGACACUGCCUUUGAGGCGUCCCUGGCCGUGUCGGGGCCCCGGCCGCCCUUCCCUGGCCGCCAGCUCUCUCUGCAGGAGCCCUCGCAGCUGCACGCCAAUGGCCGAGGGCAGCCGGCGCUGCCCUCCUCGCCCGUGGGCUCCCCGCAGUCGUCACCGCGGCUGCCCCGGCGGCCCACGGUGGAGUCUCACCAUGUGUCUAUCACCGGCCUGCAGGACUGCGUCCAGCUGAACCAGUACACACUGAAGGAUGAAAUUGGAAAGGGCUCCUAUGGCGUGGUGAAGCUGGCCUACAACGAGAAUGACAAUACCUAUUACGCCAUGAAGGUGCUGUCGAAAAAGAAGCUGAUCCGCCAGGCGGGCUUUCCACGUCGCCCCCCGCCCCGAGGCACCCGGCCAGCCCCGGGGGGCUGCAUCCAGCCCCGGGGCCCCAUUGAGCAGGUGUAUCAGGAAAUCGCCAUUCUCAAGAAACUGGACCACCCCAACGUGGUGAAGCUGGUGGAGGUCCUGGAUGACCCCAACGAGGACCAUCUGUACAUGGUGUUCGAGCUGGUCAACCAAGGGCCUGUGAUGGAAGUGCCCACAGUCAAGCCACUCUCGGAAGACCAGGCCCGGUUCUACUUCCAGGAUCUGAUCAAAGGCAUUGAAUACCUGCACUACCAGAAGAUCAUCCACCGGGACAUCAAGCCGUCCAACCUGCUGGUGGGGGAGGACGGGCACGUCAAGAUCGCCGACUUCGGAGUGAGCAACGAGUUCAAGGGCAGCGACGCGCUGCUGUCUAACACCGUGGGCACACCCGCCUUCAUGGCGCCCGAGUCACUCUCCGAGACCCGGAAGAUCUUCUCCGGGAAGGCCUUGGAUGUCUGGGCCAUGGGUGUGACGCUCUACUGCUUUGUGUUUGGCCAGUGCCCAUUCAUGGAUGAGCGGAUCAUGUGCUUACACAGUAAGAUCAAGAGUCAGGCCCUGGAGUUCCCAGACCAGCCUGACAUAGCCGAGGACCUGAAGGACCUGAUCACCCGCAUGCUGGACAAGAACCCGGAGUCAAGGAUCGUGGUGCCCGAGAUCAAGCUGCACCCCUGGGUCACGAGGCACGGGGCGGAACCGUUGCCGUCGGAGGACGAGAACUGCACGCUGGUCGAGGUGACGGAAGAGGAGGUGGAGAACUCGGUCAAACACAUUCCCAGCCUGGCGACCGUGAUCCUUGUGAAGACCAUGAUCCGCAAACGCUCCUUUGGGAACCCGUUUGAGGGCAGCCGGCGAGAGGAACGCUCCUUGUCGGCCCCUGGCAACCUGCUGGCCAAAAAGCCGACCCGGGCAUGGGCGGCCCCGUGGGAGCCCAAGGAAGCGCAGCAGCGAAGACAGCCUUCGAGGCCCCGACCCAGCCCCCAUGGGGGAGGAGGAAGUGCUCGUGUGAAGGAACAGCCCCCGGUGGAGAGCUGGGGGGCCGCAGCCCUGGACUCCCCAGCAAGCAUGCGUCUGUGGCAGCCAGAUGAAGCCAUGGAGUAGCUGCCUGAGGGAGCAGCUUCCCUGAGGGAUGAG